GAGCGCGUGCUGCUGGGAGUUGUUUGGAGGUCGGCGGCACGGGGCUGAAGGCCUGCAGGCAGAGCGAUCAUGUCGCACAAACAAAUUUACUAUUCGGACAAAUACGAUGACGAGGAGUUCGAGUACCGGCACGUCAUGUUGCCCAAGGACAUAGCCAAGCUGGUCCCUAAAACCCAUCUGAUGUCUGAAUCUGAAUGGAGGAAUCUUGGUGUUCAGCAGAGUCAGGGAUGGGUCCAUUAUAUGAUCCAUGAACCAGAACCUCAUAUCUUGCUGUUCCGGCGACCACUACCCAAGAAGCCAAAGAAAUGAAGCUGGCAAGCUCCUUUUCAGCCUCAAGCUUUACACAGCUGUCCUUACUUUCUAAUAUCUUUCUGAUAAUAUUAUGUUGCUUUCUUGUUUCUCACUUUGAUAUUUAAAGGAUGUUCAGUACACUGUUUGAAUGUACUGGUAACUGCUUUGCUUUUUGAGCAGAGCUGACACCACAAUAGUCCAGCCAGAUGAGUUCUCUGUGGGUCACAGCCUCAGCUGAGUGUGACCCCAGGAGCCACAGUGAGCUCUGUAUCCAGCAGAACACACUUGGCAGAUGGAGGAAGCAUCUGAGAAUAAGACCAUGGCUGUUAAAGGAUUAUGUAAACUUGCUGUUUUGUUUUUUCCUGCUGGGUGUUGUAUGUAUGGUGACUUGUAGAU